AUGUUCAGACUCACGCAACAACAGGUGCUCAAGACCAGAAUCACAGGUCAGGUGGUGAACACUGCGAGAAACUCCAUCAACCACUCCAUCAGAUUCAACUCGGUUGCUAUUGAGCGUACCCAGUCUCAGAGUAAACCACAGGACCCAGCUUCGCUCAGCUUCACCAAUACCAUCAAGAACGUUGCGAACUUGCAGAAGUCUGUCAACAACAACAAGAAGAACGAUGUCAAGAGAGGGAAAGGUUACCACAACAACGACCACCAUAUUGAUGCCUCGUCCCCUUGGUUCAAGCAGCUGUGUGCCUUCAGGGACUGUCUCUCGCACAUUAUUGACCUCAACGACCCAUCAUCACAGCCGUUCUUCUGGGACACUUUGAAGAAGGCCAUGGUUUUGUAUGAUGAUCUGAAGGGUACUCCAGAUUUCCAUGACUCACAGGUGAGUCUGCUCAUAUAUGCCCUUCAUACCGGUUUGAGAGCCAACAGAAACCAACUUACCAGAUUGGCCAAAAAGCCAGAUUAUGAUGCUCGUUCCUUCCAUACCGACAUGAACGAAUUCAUCAAGGCUUCUUUGAGACAAAUAACCAAUGAUUUGCUGUCUGGUGUAGGUUCCGUCAACGAAUCAGGUGCUAUGCACUUGUUGACAUCGCUGAAAGAGUUGAAGCUGGAGAAUGAGGCUAUUGCAGUCUGGAGUUCGUCCAUGGAGAAGGAAAACUUGAAACCUGUUUUCCUCAGACCAAAGGUUGUUGGUGUCUUGUUACCAAUCAUGUACCAAUGUGGUUCCAAAUUCAAUGACCUUGAAGAGCUUUACCAUGAAUCAAAGUCGUUAAACACCUCUCACCCACACUUGAUCUCUGGUAUGUUGAAGACAUGCCUUGCCGCUGGUGAAAACAGAAAGGCGCUCGAGCUGUUCUCUGAGCUUUGUUCCUACAACGAUAAGUCUACGUAUUCUGCUCUUGUCGAUGUUCACUUGGCUCUUAUUGGUGACUGUAAGGAUAUUACCAUCGCUAAUACAUUCUUUGAGAAGGCCAUUUCAAGAGAAACUCCUUACAGAUUGACACUUCAUGUCAAUAGUGUCAAACAGUUCAUCCAGAACAUUUGGACAGAGACUCAUGAUUUCGAACAAGUUCGUCAAGUUUGGGAAAAAGUUACCGUUUUCUAUGGACGUAACAUCCACCACGGUAUUUCCUCUUCAUUGAACAAUACAUUCUUUGAUAUAUUCUUCGAAAAUUAUGCAGAUAAUCAGCAAGUUGGUUUGGAAACCUUGAAGAGUAUCAUUGCAACUUACAACGACAUCAAGCCAAUUGAUGAACCAUUCUUCAACAUUAUCAUCUCCAAGUGUGUUGUUUGGAAAGAUAAGGUCACGAUUGAUUCUUUGUACAGUGCUUAUGAGCUCUAUAACUUGAAGAAGACGCAGGUUUCUCGUCGUAUCUAUCUCAAGUCUCUUGGCUCUGUUGAUGCUACUGCAAACGAGAUCCUGGACGCCUGGUACGAUCUUUUGUUAUUCAAUGACUCUGAACGUAAUACCUAUAUUGCCAAUGCUGAUUGGGCUGCACUAAGAGAUGCUACCUUUGCAUCUAGUGAAGAUAGAGCGUUGCUUUAUGCUCAAAUUUUGAAACAAUUUCAAUGUUUCUGCCGUGACCAGUCUCAGUUCAAGAGACUUCACAGUAUCGUUAACCUUUACCCAGUUCUCUCGCCUUAUUUGAAGGACUUGAGCAGUGUCGAUGCUAGGGGUAUCUUUGUCCCACAGUUCCAAAACUUGCAACGUCAUAAUUUCUAA